GCGGAGGGGAGAUGUUGUGUUGCUCUCCGCUCGGUUCCCAGGACAUGUGUGGGACGAACCUCGAGUGUAAUUUGUUUUCGAAACUUGAGAAAAUUGCGUGUUGAAACUCGGGUUUGUGAAGAGUGGCAAACGUUAUGGAUUGAGGUUUGUCUGCGUCGACUGGUGGAUCUUAGGCGAUUGGCUGAAUAAGAAGAUUUUUGUGUUAUGAUAAAAGACAAAUGCGGAUGGGACGGACUUCUUGUAGACCUCUUUAAGAAAAAGAUCUGUGCUCGUUAACACACAAAGGAGAGGAGGUCAAGAUACCGUAAGCCUCGCCUGUAACAGUUUACGAAGACAAAUACAACUUCCCUUUUCAUCUCCUCGAGCUUAGUACAGAAGAAGGGGAAGGACAGAACGAGAGAGGAUUUGGGAACUAAGCAAACGGAUCUUGUCUCGUCUUCUCCGAAUCCUCCAUUUCUCUGAAAGAUAAAAUAUAGAAAAAGGAAAAGCACAACGAACAAUACACAAAAGAAAAGAAUAUAUAAAUAACACAGAGAAAAAAAUAGAUUUUUAAACAUCUGUAAAGGUUAUUAAACCUUGUUUGCAUCUGUGCCUUUUGUUUCCCGGCAAACAACUCUAGAGUGUUUCUAAAGUAAUAAUUCUGCAGUAAUAAUAAUUUACAUGGCUUGAAUAUAGACCAUGAGAUAACGAACUGCUAGAAAACGGAACCUUGCCACGAGUCAACGAGGCGCCAUAGUAUGUGAUGAAGGUUCGUGGAUGGACGUGGGCGACUUCGUGGGCGGUGGUUGGCUUGUGGGCGGCGGUCACGCUGCUCGUCGCCCUCGCCUCGCUGGCUGCCCUUUUCACGCCCACCUGGUUCGUCCGCCACUCGCCCUCGCCGCCCGUGAUGUUCGGAGUGUGGGCGUGGUGCGUGGGCGGCCUGAACGACCAGAGAUGCGCCGCCGUGGGCCAGGGCGUGGCGGGGAGUGAGGGCGCCCUUCCCUCGGCCGUCUGGGUGAUGGUGGGCGCCGUGUAUGGGGGGGGAGGCGCCCUCCUCGCCGUCACGGGCCUCGCGGCUCUCCUCACGCCCGUGCUCCCCACCACGCACGCCCGCGCCGCCCUCGCGCACGUGGCUGGGAACAUACAGGCUGCUGCAGUGUCCCUCCAGGCGGUCGGUUUGGUGCUGUAUCCGCUGGGUCUCGGGUCCCCCUUCGCCAGGCUCCAGUGUGGCGAUUCAGCUACGGUCUACGCUGCAGGGAACUGUGAAUUGGGGUAUGCCUACAUGCUGGCACUCGUUGCUACGGCCCUCGCUGCCUACUGCCCCGUGCUGGCCAGACUGGUCACUUAUAAGGACUAUACGGACUAUUGGUCGAAUUUGAAUUAUAUGUAGGUAAAAGAAAAUGAGGAUUUGUCUUUUUUCUUGGGGGUAAAAGAAAAUAAAAGGAGUGAAGGAAAAACGUACGUGUUUUGGGGGGAAGUGAUAUCCCUUUGGAUGUGUGAUGUAAACUUUUUUGGAAAUACGUUGUAGUGAAAGGAAAGAAAAAAAAGACAAAUCUCAAGACGUUUCAGUAGAUGUGAGAUUCAAAGAAAUGGUUAUUUUUAAGUGGAGAGAGAAAAAAAAAACUGCCAGUUGUCUCGAACGGCUCCAAACUUCUCUCCAACUCUCACGGAUGAAGCAUGUCGUGUAUCCUAGUCUUAUUACCUUUCGGGUAUGUUGUAAAUAAACCAUAAUAGUAGAAGUGUACAGUGGCGGCGCGAACCUACAUGAUGUUGACCAUGAGGCCCAACAUCCCAGACGGUUGUGGGUCUCGGCAGUGGAUGUUGUGACUCUACAUAUUGAUUCCUUCCCUCGAUGUGACGUCACCAAGGAGCUGGGGAGUGUUCGCGCAAAAUAGAUAAACGAUGACGUCAUCUCGUUCGCGUACUCACAUGCAGGCGAAUGCGUAACAUUAGCAUGGAAAUGAACACUUGCCAUCCUCGCUUGGCCGAACGGGUGACGUCAGCAAGUGUGUAUCAGCACCGUUGUGGUAAGAAAAUAAAAUGAAAAUGAGACUAGUGACCGCAGGGACUAAAACGUCUCAAGAUAUGAAGAACAAAAAUAUAUUCUGGAAAAAAAAUCUAACCAAAAUCAACUUUCCACGGCAUAAUGUGGCUGUAAAGAUGGAAAUGGCUUUGAAUUCCGUGUUUAUUACGAUCGCUCAACCCGCUUAUGAAAUGCAAAUUGACUCCGAAGACAAGAAAACCCAAAAUGAUCGUCUUUUGCGAAUACAAACAACAUCAAAAGAUUCCUGCAAGUCAACAAUUUCCCAAUGGAGAAAAGAAAAGAGGCAAAGCAACUGCUGAUUGCAUUAUUUGCAUUUUUCUCCUUUUUCUGGAAUGGUAAUAAAGAGACGAAUAAUAGUGAAACUAAAUUUGUUUUUUGUAUGAUAUUUAGUGUGGCAAAUACUCCAUUGUGUAUUACAAUUUUAUGGCUACCGUAAGAAGAAGUGUUAGCCAUUGUCAAAUUUCCAGGAAUUAAGAUUUUUAUGCAUAUCAUGUGAGAAUUCAAUUGUUACGGGAACAUAAAUUUACGUAUAUAUAGUGCCCAACAUCCUCACAACUCGACAAUGUAUAACAUAUACCCAUACGCGACACUUUUUUCCCUCAAUAACAAUCGACAAUUAGCAAGGUCACGCGGAUGGCCUCUUGAUAUAAACAAAUAUGUUUUAAAGAUAUAUUCAUAAUGGUCGUGAUAUUGGGAAUUUUAGCCUCGGAAAUCUGUAACAAAAUAUAGACGUUGCAGCUUUAGAAACAUAAUUAAAGAAAGUUGUAAUUUCAAAUGGAUUUAGAUUACAAGAAUUUAUCAUAUAUGCUUCUUAUAGAACAAUACUGAAGGCUUGUGCAUGAAAAUAAUACAGUAUACUCAGCUACAGUAUAUAUCUCAGGCAUAAAAAAAAAUCAAGUGAAGAUAUCCAAAUGAUAUAUCUAUUUUGUAUAUGCCUUUUGGUGUGUAAUGAGUACUUCGUGCUAUAUAAAAAGGAGUACGAUAAUUAUAUUUAAAAAUUACAUUUCUUGGGCAUUAAAGGGAGAAAAAGGAAUUUAUUUCAUCGAGGCACAGGAGAGAGAAAAAUAAAA